AUGGCGAAGCCUCCAGCUUCGAAAGCAAAGAAGAAAGCCCCAAACCCCAAGCCUGUGAAAAAGGGGCCUCCACAGAAUGGGAAGCCCAACCCAGCUAUACCGAAAAAGAACAAUGCUCCGAAAUCGGGGAACCCCAAGCAGAAGGAAAACGGUGUUUUCAAGCCAACCCCCAAACCCAAGAAGGUUCCAAAGGGCGUUCCAAAGGGCGUCAAGAAGAAGGCCCCAAAAAACGUGCCUCCUAAAAACGUACCUCCAAAUUCAAAACCAAACAAGAAGCCCAAGGCGGCAAAGCCUCCAGGAAUGCUACCGAUCAAGCAGUACGUCAGCCAUGUCAAGGUGGUGAAAAAGGUCAAGGGCAAAGGACUCGACCUCAUGCCACACCACCUUUCUCAAUUGGCCCAGGGCAAGGAGGUCCAUAUCAACGGUAAGAUAUACUACCCCCAUGAAAAGUUCACCACGGGUGAACGAGUCACCCUCGAAAGCAACAGCCCCAUUGUCACCGGAUACUCGCUGAGUGAGGAUGACGACGACGACGACGACGACAUGGGCGAUGCUGAGUCGAUCAUCGAUGUUGACGCAAACUCUGAUGCAUACUCUGAAGACAGUGUUGAAGUUGUCGAAGACCCCAGUGACGAAAACAACGAAGAAGUGUCUAUGACAGGCUCUGACCUAGAACCAGACGGUCAGGAAGAUGACGCGGACGUUCAGGUAGAUGACGCUAUGGAGGACGUUAAGAUUGUCAAGGAUGAUACUAACGAAGAGACCAGCGAGACGGCUGAAGGAGAUACCGAGGUGUACGAUUUCGAGAUCGAGACCUCGGGUGUGCCUUUCACGGAGCCAGUUGCUGAGCCAGACCCCUCUCCCUCCAACUCGUCUCUGGAAGCACAGUCCCAAGCUCCAGCUCCACAAGAACUGAAAACUGAGUCAGACCCUAAACCAACUCAGUCAGACUCGAAACCUAAGCUUGUCAGCCCAGCUCCUGUCGUGGGCUCUAAAAGCGUAAUCCCUCCACAUAUCGUCGAUUUCGAUAUCUCAGAUAGUGAUAUCGAGAGACCCUCGCUGCCACGAAAUGCAUCUCCUACACCAGAAAACGGCCUCAACAAACGAGUGGCAGGCCAAUUCGACUCUUCUCAAAGAAAGCGCCAGCGUAUGGAGAGAUUUGCAUCUGAUAACGGAUCCUAUUCAAGCCCUCCUCCAGUUUCAGUAUCUCUUCCAGCUGGAGCAGCCUUUGUUGGCACCUCCAAGGCGCUAGAGAAGUCUUUUCUCAGACUCACCUCUGAACCUAAUCCUGCCAAUGUCAGACCCCAAGUGGUGCUUCAAAGAUGUUUGCCUUUUGUGUUGAACCGUUACUACUCAGAGAACCUACUGUACGUUUACAUCAACGAUCAGCUUAAGGCCAUCCGUCAAGAUUUGACCAUCCAACACAAGAAAAACCAAUUCACCAUCCACGUUUAUCAAGCGCAUGCAAGAAUAGCCAUUGAAAACAACGAUCUUGGUGAGUUCAACCAGUGCUUAUCCCAGCUAUUCACAUUGUAUGAGAUGGAUACAGCCAAGUACGAGAGACCAGAGUUCGUCGUGUACAAGAUAUUGUACAUGAUUAUCACAGGUAACAACCCAGAGAUCAAUAAACUACGGCUUCGAUUUCUUGGGACCGACCCUUCUACGCAAUAUAAAUCCUACCAUGCUAAGUGGAUCAGGCCUGCAUUGGAUUUGUCUUCUGCCAUUAUAAGUGGAGACUACUUCAACAUAUUCAGAAUCUAUCGUCAAUUUUCAUACAAAGAAGUUCCGCUGGCUUUGUUGCUAUUAAAGCGGAACAUCAUGCCCAAACAGAGGUUUAUGGCCCUCGCGACUAUAAGCAAAGCAUUCAAAAAACUCUCGCUAGAAUACUUGAGGGUGCAAUUAGCAUUGGAUGUGGACGGCAUCGACAUUAACGAAUUCCUCAAGGCACAUAACUUGACUAGCUGUGUCAACGGAAAUGACAUUGAUAUUGCGCAAGCCAAGCCUCGUAUAUUAAGCAUACUAGAGCAAGGCGAGUACAGAAGGAUCGACAUCAAGGGUCAGGUCUAA